AUGGCACGAAUCACGGGAUCACGUAUGACUCGAAGUCAGAGCCGUGAAGCCAAUGCAGGGUAUAUGCCAAACAAAGCAUCAUUAGAGCGAAAUUGGCUGAGUGGGCUAACGGAGGAGCCUUCCGCUCCUUCUCCCGGGUUUAUUGUACCCAGACAUGUGGUACCAGAGUCGCCCGAAAACCAUGAAGGUCAUACCAAUGUGUCUGGUACCACCCUGGGUCACAACGAUGUGGAGCCCAUUGCUUCUCAAGUUGCCGAUAAAAUUGCGACUCACCUGCCAUUCGUUCAACAACAGGCUUCUCUUGUCAUGAGUCUCUUGGUUCGCCCAGAGCUAAAUCCGGACAGCCUUGCAGCCGAGUCCAAAAAGCUCGUCGAUUCCAACCACCCGAAUCGCAAACGCUUGAGACGAUCCGUGGAAGGACUGACGGAUGAAUUGGAGGACUCUCCUCUUUCUCGUGAUGGCAAGUCGUUCUUGGACAUCUCUCAGGCUCGUCGUUUACUUUCUUCCGCGCAACUGGAGGCAUCAACCACAGACAUUUACAUGACAAACUGCACUCUUUUGACUCUGAACAUGUUUCUCCCUAGCAUGGGCACCGAGUCUCAGUCUGAGGUCAUCCAACAGCUGGAUGCCCAGUUUCCCGGUUGUGUCAUGAACAACCUUGUGGACAGUUCUAUGUCAAGGACAAUUGGGGCAAGUAGUACCACUGAGGCCACCUUCAACCUUGCAUUGGGUAUUCGCACACAGUUUUUCAUCAUGGAAUUAGAAAGACGCCAGCAUGAGCAGGGCUUCAACCCACUCUCCAUCUUGAGACAGAUUUUUGCUAUGGACCUUGUGUCUAGCGAAGAUGACUCUCAAAAUGUCCCCGGGUCCUUCCGAGGCUUCAAAUUGCCGGGUGUCUUAGAGGACGAUGAUGGUCAUCUUCCCGAACACCUUCCUGAAAAGUUCCUCAUCGCGGUCAGCGAUAGGUUUAAUGAGCUUCAUGAGGAAAUUUCUGAGUGGGAUUCCAUUGAUAUUCAUGGCUUGAAGAAGGCAUACAGAUGGCGCUCAUUUGAACGGGACCUUGCACGUUGGAUCUACGUUCGUGACAGAGAAAUCAAGGAUGAUAUCAGACGCUUGUCAGAAAAGGCAGAAAAGCUGCAUAAAUCACCUGCAACUCGUCGGCUUACUUCUGUACCGGUUGGAACCCCCAGUGGGCGCCCAGUAUCCACAGCGCCUCCAAGUGGCGAAAGCCCUCGCCGGCGACUGUUGCCCCAGCAGACUCAGUCUCCUCAAAAAGAACGAUUGAUGAACAUGACACCGGGGGUGGACAUUACACCAGAUGCAGAGAACGCACCUCAGGCAGCACAGGCAUCCGAGGCCGCCAGAAUACAUGAAGAUAAUGCUUCUCAGUCAGAUAUCACUUCUCAGAAGGCUUCUGACCAAAGGGUCUCCGACCAAGUCGCACCGCCGGUAGCAAAAGAUCCGGGUCGACGCAAGUCCAAAGGCAACUACCGAGAUCCGGCUUCAUUUGCGGCACUCAUGAGGCGCCAGGCUACUAGUCGUCAACAACCUGCCUCGAAUGUCGAAUCGCAAGCCAUAAGUAUUUCUACAAACACAAGUAUUGUGGCCCAAGCGAUUAAUGAUGCCCCUUCUGCUGGUCGCAGAGUUGAGCCUCUCGAAAUUCAACAAUCUCCUGAGCUGAGAUACGCAGACAUUGGGGAUGACUCUACAUAUGUAAACAAUGACGAGGAUCUGGAUCUCGGCAACAGCCCAGAGACAGAUGUUAUCACAUCGACCAGCCCUCCUAACUCCGCUAGGAUCAGUCGGAUCAGCCACAAUCCUACUCCUCGGUUCUUUGAUUCGCCCAGAGAUGAAAACACACAGCGGUCGGAACCGGUCGCUCGACGUUUCCUUGACAAGCAGACUAACGCUGGAGUUGUGUCGCCAAUCAGCCAAUAUGAUACUCAAGGUGCAGGGACCGUGCUGGGGAAGCGAAACCGGAAUGUUGAUGACCUGGAUGAUGACUCAAGUGAUGAGACAGACUUUGAGUUUGAACAAAACACUCAGGAUGUCGACGACAUGCGUCGGGCAGGAAAGCUUCAGUCAAAUUGGCCUGCCGCGAAGCGACAGCGCCCCCAUGACAAUGGGGAAUCUACCCCAGCAGAGUUGCAAGCGGAGAUCAACAGAUCCUCCGACCACCGGUCUACCUCCACACGAUCUCCUCAAAGGGACCAAAGAGCUGAUAGUGAAUAUGCCACUGAUAAAGAGACCGCCGUUGAGCAGCACGGACCGUCCUCAAGUGCUCAGAGUCGCUGGGCUGCUUCCAAUUCCCACGCUGCGACGACCAGCCGAAGGGGUCCGAAGGCCAGCUACAGAUGGACAGAGGAGGAAGAUGAACGUCUGAUUUACCUCAUGGGAAUUUUUGGUAGUAGCUAUGCCGCCAUCAAGAAGCAAGACAACGCUUGUCCUGCGUCUGAUGGUGGUCCCAUGCUUGAGCGUCGCUCUCAGGUCAAUUGCAAAGAUCGUGCUCGAAAUUUGAGGAAGAAGUACCUUAGAGAGGGUCGACCACUUCCACCGGGCUUGGAGAGCGCACCAGGUUAA